CGGUGAGGAUGUGGCGGGCGUGACGCGUUUCUGUCCGCGUUGGAGCCGGGGCGGUCGUGACGUGGCAGAGAGCGAGCGAAGAAGAGGCGAGCCAGGCUCCCCCGGACGCAGACAGAGCAGCCUCGGUGAGCGGAACGCCGCGAGCUCCUUCCAGCGCCCUCGCCGUAGCUCAUCGCCACCCGGAGAGGAAAGCAGCGGAGGAAAAAGAAAGCGAGCAGGAGGGACCGACGUUCGGGUCGCUUGCUGCUGCCUUCCCCCACCCCUUCGACGCGGCUAGCGCCAUCCCGCUCGCUCCUUGCGCCGCAGCGCCCCAGCCGGGAGCCGCCAUGGGCCUCACCAUCUCCUCGCUCUUCUCGCGCCUCUUCGGCAAGAAACAGAUGCGCAUCCUCAUGGUUGGCUUGGAUGCAGCUGGAAAAACCACCAUUCUCUAUAAACUCAAAUUAGGAGAGAUUGUCACUACAAUUCCAACAAUUGGCUUUAAUGUGGAAACAGUAGAAUAUAAAAAUAUUUGUUUCACUGUUUGGGACGUUGGUGGUCAAGAUAAAAUUAGACCACUCUGGAGGCAUUAUUUUCAGAACACACAGGGUCUCAUUUUUGUGGUAGAUAGCAAUGACAGAGAGAGAAUUCAAGAAGCAGCAGAAGAAUUGCAGAAAAUGCUUCAAGAAGAUGAGUUGAGAGAUGCGGUGCUGCUUAUUUUUGCAAACAAACAAGACUUGCCAAAUGCCAUGGCAAUCAGUGAAAUGACAGAUAAACUAGGCCUUCAGUCCCUGCGUAAUAGAACUUGGUAUGUUCAGGCUACCUGUGCUACACAAGGUACUGGUCUAUACGAGGGACUUGAUUGGCUGUCAAAUGAGCUAUCAAAGCGUUAACUGCAACUGGAUGACUUUCGCACCAAGGACACGUUUGAUAUAAGUGGUCUAGGCUUGUUACAUCAAAAUUAGCUGCAUCUUGGUUUAUUAUACAGUAUCUGGAACUGAUUUGGGCAGGAUAUUACAGCAUUUUUACUUAUUUUGUUGCCAAUUAUUGUUCUCCAAGCUAUGUUGCCAAGGUAACACUAGACUUGGGUUAAAGAGAAACUCCUUAAUUUGGAAAAAAAGUGUAUCUUCUGAUUUUUCUUUUUGUUGUUAGCCUAAAUGCCUGAAUAUAGUUGUGACUUUGAAAUCUAUUGAAUGCUUAUUGAGCCCCAAUUCAAUUAAGUAUAUUUAAGACCCCUCUUAUCUCCUAAGUUACCAAUCCUUGUUUCAUUCCAUAAGACAGUCUGCUGACUUAAUCUAGCAUUCCAUUUAUAUUUAUUUCUCUCCCUUAUAAAAACACUUCCUAAUGUUGCCAAGAAUCCUCUAAAACACUAUUCAAAUCUUCUGCACUGAGGAACAUUUUAUUAACCCCCACCUUUUCAAUUGACCCACUUUUGCCUUUGUGUGAACUCAGCCUGAUAAUACUUACUGUGCUGGUUGCAACAAGCUCAUUGGAGUUUUUAAAUAUUCAGCAGAUUGUCUUUUUUUUUUCUUUUUGCAUGUUGCUUUCAGUAUCAGCCUGUUUUGCCCAGUGUAUAAUAGUUCUGCUAAAGUUUUACUGUUUAUUGGUGAACAUAUCUUCAUGAAGAGAUUUUGAAAAUUCUUCAGACUUGAUGGAUUAAUUUCUUUAUAACCUAUUCAGAAUUAUUCCUAAUUAAAAUGAUAAAAAUGUAUAGCUUUGUUGUAUGCUCCUUGAAUCUUACGUUUGUGGAACUGAUAAUGAAUGUGUGACGGAUUCUUUUUCAAUAAACGGAGUUUUUUCUGUACCUUGAACACAAACAGAUCUGAAUAGAUUUUGAAUUGUUUUCAAUUUGGCAAAAAAUUAAGAUGGGCAGUUAAAAGUUGUGUACAACAUAACUGAUUAAUUAUCAAAGCUAAAUCUUGUAAAAGUGUUUUGAAGCUGUAAAUUAAAUCCUUUUAAGAUGUCCAGAUAUGAGAGUACUUAGAGUUCAGAAUGUAAUAAAGUUCAAACUGCCCAAAGA